AUGUGGACACCAUAUUACUUCGAAAGACGACGCUAUUACCAUGCUCAAAGAGAUGGAGCUCAUACUCAAGAAGAAUCUUUUUCCUUUCCAAACCAACGCUUAGCACCGUCUGUCGAUCUACGUAUGUGGAUGACACCCAUCACAAAUCAGAAUAAUACAAGAACUUGUUGUGCAAAUGCAUUUGCAGCUAUUUGCGAGUAUUUAAUUCGACGUACGAAUAAUCGUCCGUUUACACAGACCUCGAUCAUUUUAUCCCAUUUAUUUAUCUACUUCAAUGGACGGAUGAAAGAACAGCAUACACGUCAUGUACGUGAUUUAGGCGUAUUUCAACGAAGUGUUGCUCUAGGUAUCAGAGAGUACGGAGCAUGUGAGGAAGAAUUUUGGUCUAGUCGUUGGCACUCACUACGUGAACAACCACAUCGUACAGCCUAUCAACAAGCGAGAAAAUACACAGCUGUUUUACUUCGUGUUCCAAUUACGAUUGAAGCGAUUGAAACUUGUUUACACAAUCAAAUACCAGUUCCAAUUGAUAUUAUAAUGGAUGAUGAGACCGUGCAAAUCAUUACAACUAACAACGGUAUCUUAGAUGUACGCCGACUGAAUGAUAAUACUAUUGACGCAAGAAAUCUGCACACUGUUCUGAUUGUUGGUUAUGAUCGAAGAAAGCAAUAUUUCAUCAUGCGAAACUCCUGGGGAACAAACUGGGUACGAAAAAAAUCUAGUUUUCUUCGUGCAAUAUGUUUGAUGAUCAAUAACUACUUUUUUUAA